GGCCUGAGGCACAUGCUCUAACUAGAGGGCCUGGCUUUGAUUUUGCCUGCCUUGGAGUCUGCUGUUGGGUCCACCGGAGCAGAGCUUAACACGGAGUCCCCCAGCUCUGCUGCUCAGCUUUAGGAAAGUUCGAUCUCUGAUACCAACCUUCCCAUUUUCUCAAAACUGUGACCAGGAGGGUGAAGUGCAAUGGUUGGUGGUGGCUGUGACCACUCCAGAGACAGGAAGUUGCCUGGGGAGGAAGAAGGUUGAGAAAGGACAUUUCCCUGCCCCCACCUCUGGGCCCUGCCUCAGACACCCCUUCCACGACCAGGGUUCUUUCUACUGGCAUCAAAGGAGCAGCCGUUUCUUGGGCUGGGGUCCAGAGAGACAGGAAGAGCUCCGCAGGCCUCAGCCCACUCAAGAGCUCAAGAAUGGUACACGGACUUCAUGGCAGCCGAGGAAAUGCAUUGGCCUGUCCCCAUGAAGGCCAUUGGUGCCCAGAAUCUGCUGACCAUGCCUGGUGGUGUGGCCAAGGCCGGCUACCUGCACAAGAAGGGUGGCACCCAGCUGCAACUGCUCAAAUGGCCCCUGCGCUUUGUGAUCAUCCACAAGCGCUGCAUCUAUUACUUCAAGAGCAGCACGUCUGCGUCCCCACAGGGCGCCUUCUCCCUGAGUGGCUACAACCGAGUGAUGCGAGCAGCCGAGGAGACGACCUCCAACAACGUCUUCCCAUUCAAGAUCAUUCACAUCAGCAAGAAGCACCGCACGUGGUUCUUCUCAGCCUCCUCUGAGGAUGAGCGCAAGAGCUGGAUGGCUUUGCUACGCAGGGAAAUUGGUCACUUCCACGAGAAGAAGGAACUACCUCUGGACACCAGCGACUCCAGCUCGGACACAGACAGCUUCUAUGGGGCAGUUGAGCGACCUAUAGAUAUCAGCCUCUCUUCAUACCCCACAGACAAUGAAGACUAUGAACAUGAAGAUGAGGACGACUCGUACUUGGAGCCUGACUCCCCGGGACCCAUGAAGCUUGAGGAUGCCCUGACCUAUCCGCCAGCCUACCCACCACCCCCUGUGCCUGUACCUCGGAAGCCAGCCUUCUCUGACUUGCCCCGUGCCCACUCCUUCACCUCCAAAACCCCAAGCCCCUUACUGCCACCUCCACCCCCUAAACGAGGCCUUCCAGACACUGGCCCUGCCCCUGAGGAUGCUAAGAAAGACCCAUUGGGCCCAAGGCGAGUAGAGCCUGGUCUCAGGGUGCCGGCUACCCCUCGGAGGAUGAGUGACCCCCCGUUGGGCAACGUAUCCACUGUGCCCAACCUCCGGAAGCAUCCUUGCUUCCGAGAUAGCGUGAACCCCAGCCCAGAACCCUGGACCCCUGGUCAUGGGACUAGCUCUGUCUCCAGCUCUGCCACUAUGGCCAUUGCCAACGCUAGGAACUGUGACAAACUCAAGUCCUUCCACCUGUCUGCCCGAGGGCCACCCACAUCUGAGCCCCCACCUGUGCCUGCCAAUAAGCCCAAGUUCCUGAAGAUAACUGAAGAAGUUCUUCCAAGAGAGCCGUCCAAGUCUGCACUUUCUGUGCCCCCUGUGGCCCCCAGGCCUCCCGUACAGAAGAUGUCCAUGCCUGAGGCUACUGUUCGGCCUGUCGUGCUGCCUAGGCCAGAGAAGACAACUCUUCCUAACCUCCAGCGGUCGCCUCCGGAUGGACAGAGCUUCAGGAACUUCUCCUUUGAAAAGGCCCGUCAGCCCUCCUCACAGACCGACACAGGCGAGGAGGACUCAGAUGAGGACUAUGAGAAGGUGCCGCUGCCUAACUCAGUGUUCGUCAACACCACAGAGUCCAGUGAAGUGGAGAGGUUGUUCAAAGCUACAAACCCUCACGGAGAGCCUCAGGAUGGGCUGUAUUGCAUUCGGAACUCCUCCACCAAGUCAGGGAAGGUCUUGGUCGUGUGGGAUGAAUCCUCUAACAAAGUGAGGAACUAUCGCAUCUUUGAGAAGGAUUCUAAGUUCUACCUGGAAGGCGAGGUUCUGUUUGCAAGUGUGGGCAGCAUGGUGGAGCACUACCACACUCACGUGCUACCCAGCCACCAAAGCCUGUUGCUGCGGCACCCGUAUGGCUACGCUGGGCCCAGGUGACAUCCAUUCCACACCACUGUUGGGUGGAAGCAGCCACGGGGCCACAGCCCUGCCACAUAGAUGGAGACCGGCUUGCAUGGGAAGAUGAGCAGGAACGGGCUUGACAUCAGACCUCAUCAACAAGACACCUGGCCUCAGGGAACAGGCUGGGUCCCAGGCUGAAAGAGGCCACCACUACUAGAGGACUGGCUGCCUUAGUUGCCCAUUCAGCCCCUCCGUGUCCCACCUCCCCAGAACCCAGGUUGGGUGACUAAGUGCUGCCUGGGCUUUGAUGACACAAAAUCUGGUCCCUAUAGCAUACCCACACUGCAGUGGCCUGGGACCAAGCAAGGCUGGGGUAGUUGGAUGGGUCCUAAGGCUGGUCCUAGGAGCCAUAGACAUGCUAAGACACGGGCUCAAGGAGGGACCAUUGCCUCUCAGCAAAUCUGAGAUGACCUUUGUCUCAAUGGCCAAGGCUUGAUUGGCACAGAGAGGGCAGCAGGCUCUACUGAGCACCACCAGUGUCCAGGGAGAGAGAGCAACUGAGUGCAGCCCUAAUGGAUGGUCUGUGGUCUUCUAGGGCACAGGCUGCUAAGUGAGUGAACUGACUGGGGGACAUAGCUCAAUAAUAUUCAGGAUCCACUUGGAUCAGUCUUGGCUGGAGCCUGAACUUCAAAGCUCCAAUUAGCAGGGAUUGAGUGACUGUGUGACUGGCCUGGUACUGGAACUGGCUGUUGGCUGUGAGCAGACCCUAUGCAGGUUGGCCAAGCUUAGUCUAGAGCAGGCAGUGAGUAUGAGGUUCUGCUGGAAGUUCUGGGAAGUUGUGCAUGAAGGAGCCAGGAGCUUGGAAUCCAGUGGGG